AUGGCUCAGCUACUCAUAUCGGAGCUCACCUCGCUUGGUACCGAAGCUCGACGGAAGCAUCCCGAGAUCAAGCAGGCCGCCGAUGCCGCACUCGUUCGGCUCAAGUCCGAUGCGGACGGCUACCUCGCAUCCUCACGCAACGACGAUUGUCCACCUCCGGAUCACCCGCUGCUUAGACCGAUCCUACUCAGCUGCGAGACAAAGUUACCCAAGCUGAUCUCGCUCGCCAUGGCUCUACUCCAGCGUAUCCUGCUUCAGAGACUUGUUCCAGACAAAGGCAUCCCCACCAUCGUCAACACCCUCAACAAGCUCCUCACCCCGCCGAGCAGAAGCGACGUAGAUGUUCAGCUCAAGAUCCUGCAGAUCGCAUCCGCGCUCCUCUCAUCCUAUCCAAACCUGCAUAAUGCCGAUCUCUCGUGCACGCUCAUGCUCGGUUUCAAGCUGCAUGAAGGCAGCAAGGUCGCCGUGGUCAGCUCUACAGCAGCUGCGACCCUGCGACAGAGCGUCAUGGCCGUCUUUGACAAGGUGAAGGACGAGGAUGUGGUGCUCGACGGCAUCAGAGGAGGCGGAGAGGACGCAGCUGCCUUGGCACCGCUCGCAGCCAUGUCUGUCGAUCUUCCCCAAGGCGUGGUCACCCUCUUUCCAUCAUCGCGCGAUGCAUACCUCGUCUUCUCAGACCUUUGCUCGCUCGCCAACGCCGAGCCCGCAGCCUUCCUAUCGCUUGACUUUCUCUCCAAAACCUUUUCGCUCGAGCUUAUCGAGAGCGUACUGUCCAACCAUCAGCGACUCUUUGCCUCUGCGGGCUCAACAGAUCUGCAGUCCACCUCACAUCCAGAGUUGCUGUAUCUGCUACGGUCCAAGGUCUGCCCACUGCUCAUCAAGAGUCUCAGCGAGCCUCCCGCUUUUCCCAUCCAUCUCCGGCUCAUGCGUCUCCUCUUCCUCCUCUUGCGGCAAUUUAGCUCCGAUCUUGUGCUCGAGGUCGAGAUCCUUCUCUCUAUCCUGCUGCGUACCAUCAACCCUUCAGCGCAGGAGCUUGCGGUACAUGGCGGCUCCCAGCCUCCACUCUGGCAACAGGUUCUUGCGCUCGAAGUCCUUCGAAGUCUAUGCUCCCACGAUGUCUUUCUUCGCAGCUUGUGGCUCUGGUAUGACUCGGGUGCCACCGGCACGGAUACCAAUGAACCAUCCAAAGCCGCCAUACCUGUCUUUUCCAAGCUGGUCGAAACGCUCCAAAAUGUCCUCUUGCAAGGCGAAAGACUCUUCGCCCAGGAGCCGUCCAUGCAAAACACCUCGGAAGAUCAGCAAGCUCCGGACAGUCCUCGCAGAAGCCGCGUGCGGCCGUCAACCGAUCGCAGCUUUUCUGGUCUCUACGAGGCUGCAGCGGGCGUCGCCAGUGCUGCAAUGUCCGGCAUGUACGGCUCUUCGGACACCGUUGGCACCGAAUCCCUCUCCACCACGAGCUCGCCAGCCAUUCAGAUCAUCGACCAGCUCGACAAGACUGAAGCACCUGUCGUGGCCUCGCCGGCCUUGCCAAAGACUUACCCGCAGCUCCUUGCGCUGCAAUCUUGCCAUCUCUUGACGCAGUCCAUGGCUUUGUACGCCCUCCCACUUUACUCCAAGUUUGUCAACUCUCGCGACAAGGACGCGGCACCCGCACCUCCAGCAAUGCAGGACGCCGACGUCGACACCCUCGUCAACCCAGCCGAACGCGAUGGUCUCCGCCUUACGAGAGCAAUGCUGAGGUCUUCGGCUCUUCCUCUCAGCCAAGUCUUUGCGCGUCACUUGCGCAUCAAGUGCUCCGACUCGGUCUUCGAAGAGUCCCUUUUGGCGCUGAGGAACCUAACAAACGUCGUUGGUGCCCUCGACUUGGUGCACGAGCGUGAUGCGGUCCUCACCAGAUUCAUCACCCUGGCUGUUCCUGGUUGGGACGCCGCUUCUCCCUAUGCCGUGCUGUUCGCGCAAGAUGGUGGGCCGAUAUCGACACGCAAUCUUGCCUGCCUCAAGGCAUAUGUGCAGGUUGCUUAUUAUCUCUCUGGUGCACUUGGACCUUUCUGGUAUCCAGUGCUCAGCGGUCUAUGCAGCGCUCAAGCGUCUCUCAUCCCUCUCAAUGCAUCAAUCGGCGAAAGGGACGAGAACGAUCAAAGUGAUGAUGCUGACACGAGUCGCAACGGGCGAGCCACACUCUCGACCCUGACCCACAGCUCGAUGGUCUCGCUCGAUACGCGAUCAGGGCGGAACCAGCUUCAGCUGCUCAACGCCACGGAACUGCAGCCCAAUCGCCUCCAAGCGCUCAUCCAGAGUGUCUUUGAGAACACGAGCUCGCUGGAAAACACCGCUUUUGUGCACUUCGUCUCCGCGCUGUGCCGUCUCAGCAGCGAGACUUUGCUUGCCUCGGUGGCGAUUCCUCGGUCAGCCAACCUCGUCGGCGGACCCGCUUCUCCGCGAGCGUCCGGUAUCCGGCAUCGUCCUUCUUCAAGCGCAGACGAUUCCAAAACAGUCUUCUAUCCAAUCGCGUGCCUCGAUUUGGUGUCGUCAUUGAAUAUGAGGCGUAUCUGUCGGGCUUUGGCGGAUCAAGGAUGGCAGGUCGUUACAACACAUCUGGUCGAAGCCCUGUCCAAUCCUGUGCUUCCUCAUCGUUGGCGCACGCAAGCUCUGCAAGCUGCCAGCAAGCUCGCUUCGGGAGCCAUGUCGCACGCAGCCGAAAUGUCCGACGAAGGCGAGAGGCUGCGAUUGCAGAAGCAGGCAUUGCAGAUUCUAUCGAUUGCCGGUGUUCUCGAAGGACGCAGGGCGACGUCGAUCGACAUGGAGCUCAGAACUUCCGCUGUCGAACAUCUAUACAAGGUCCUAGAGACGUUUGGCCAUUCGCUCAUUCACGGAUGGGACACCAUCUUUUUCAUUUGCUCCGCCACAUGCAAGGACGACAAGAGGAGCACGGACACGAUUCCACCAUCAUCGGCGUCUGCUCAAAAGGCGCAGCUGUCCCUGAUCAAGGCUGGUUUCUCAUGCUUGCAGCUUGUCUGCUCGGACUUCUUGUCAGCCCUCGACGUCAAUCAGAUAAGAAGUUGCUGCGCCUGUCUCAACGAUUUCGGAAGCCAAGAAUUCGACGUCAAUGUGGCGCUGACCGCGAACGGCUGCCUUUGGGGUGUCACAGCCGAGAUGGCCGCCAGAGCCAAGAAAAGAUCGACGGAGUCGUCUGCAGCAAUCGUCGAAGACGAUGCACAGCCUCUCUGGCUUUUCUUGCUGCAAUGCCUUCUGUCCAUCUCUCAAAGUCCCCGAUCCGAAGUACGGAACGGCGCAAUCUCGAAUCUGUUUCGAGUGCUUCAACAGUACGGAGACAUAUUGAGCUCCGCUGCCUGGCAGGAGAUCGUCGACACCAUCAUCUUCCCAUUGAUCAAAGUGCUGGGCGCAUCGGUACGAGAUCUCGAGAGCGGCAAUGAUGGCGGCAAGGCGGAGGAAGAUCGGAAAGCGCAGCUGAUGGGCGCCCUGCCAAGUGAGCUGAAGCAAUGGCAGGAGUCCGAGAGCUUAGCUCUGACACAAUUCGGCGAGGUGGUGCGAGGUUAUUUGCCAACCAAGCUGGUCCACAGCAGCGCCUUCGAGGAGACGUGGGCCAGGUUGCUCGAUCUCACCACGGAUGCCUUCCUUCGCGGUCCAGCUGACCUAUCGCAAGCAUCGAUCAAGUGUUUCACUUAUUCAGUGUCGGCCGAAGUAGACGGCGGGCCGCAUACGGAAGACUCCGCGCAAGCAAGGGUCCAGCAUGCCUGGCAAAUGGCGUGGCAGCAUUGGGUAGCGAUCGGUGACCACAUCGGCAGCGCAGCAUCAAGGCAGCCUGAUGCUGGCGAAGCAAAUGCGGAGGGCAGCAGCGAAGAUAGCGCACACAGCUCUCUGCACUUCACGCAAAAGAACCUCCUGGCAUACAUCCAAGCUUUCCCGCCCAUUCAUCGCGUCCUGCGCACUCGAUUUGACCAACAACAGGUCGAAGCAUUAUUGACAUGCCUCAAAGCCUGCGUGUCAUAUCCCCGCAGUCCGGACCACGCGUCGGAUCGAGCGAGUCUCACCCCCGUCCAGGAGGCGGCUCGUGCUACAGCCAGGUCUGUUGCGGACGUCAAGGACGUUCCCGCGCUGAUCUUGUCCGACUUGUCGGAGUGUAUCUGCCUCGCAUAUUCGGGCGCGGCUCUAGAGUCGAGCAAGGACAAGAAGAACCCGACCUACAUCGCACUAUCGCGUACGAGCAUCGAAGAGGCCUUUGGCGUCUUUGUCAAACACGAGGAUGAUCUCAGCAUCUACAGCGGCGGCGCCUUUGAAAGUCUCCUAUCCGCGUUGAUGAUUCCAAUCAAGCUCAAAUACGAGUGUCCGGAUCAGCCCAAUGCAAAUUCCAAGACCGAUCGCAAGGCUGAUGCUCGACCAAUCUGGCAGGUCGCCACUUUGACGCUGUGCCGAAUCCUCUCACGCUGCUGCCCAAAGCUGCGUGCCAGGAGGGGGUCUGACGGGCUAAACGCCGAGACAGCGGAGCGGCUAUGGACCAAGAUUGUCGAUGCUGUGCAAGCGGCAGUGCUUGCAGAUCCGUCGCCCGCCGGCUUGUUGCCUAGGGAUGUCAAGGAUAACGACGAGCGUUUUGGCCUGUUCUUGCUCAGCACAAUCGAGAGACAUGUUCUGCCGUAUCUGGGAGAGGAGGAUGCACCAGAGCAUCUGAUCGAGCGUGUAGGACGUACGCUGGCGCUUGGCUCGAGGCUAUACACGUUCGAGACGCAGACUAGCAACGAUGGUCAAAGCGGACGAGUCGACGACCCCAGCGAGACGACCAACGAGCGUUUCGCGUACUGGUGCUUUGACUUGCUCUUUCUGGCAUGCUCUUCCGGCUUUGGUAACGGUGCAGAUGGUGCGGAACGUCGCCAGAGGGUUGCCACCAUUCUGCUGCCACACCUGACGCGGCGUUGCCAAGACACGCUCCUCUCCUUUGCCCGAGACGUACAGAUUCGAAGCAUGAUUCCCAUGCAGAGGAUUCGUCAGGAAGAGCUCAAUUACAUCCUCAAGAGAUAUCUCGAGCUACGACUUUGGCCAGGCGCAUUCACAGCCGAGACCGCGACGAGCGAUGCACAGGCUUCCGAAAACGGCGCGUGGCACAGAUCGGAACGUGCGCAUCUGUUUGCGGCUUAUCGCUACUUUUUGCUGCUCCUGUCGUCUGCAAAGCCGUCUGCUGGCAUCUCGGCGGAGAUGGCCAGCAUCGGCACGUCGCUUCCGCCGCUCGUUCCGGCUGACACUACAGAGCUGUCAAAGACAUUCGCCGAUCUCGGGCUGGAGCUGGGCCUCGUCGGGACUACGCGCAACGUUCUCAAUCUCGAGAGCGAGGCUGCGGAUGAGGCGUUAGUGACGGAGGCAGAUGCUGCGAAGCUCGCGUCAGAGGCUCUGGCUUUGAUUGGUGACGAGCUCGGCAUUCCAAGUCUUCUUGCAUAG